AUGGCAUCUUGUUCUAUUGCUGCAAAGGAAGCAGAAGCUGAGUCUACAAUGCUUCCAAACUGGCUUGAUCUUCCAGGAGACAUCACACGUAACAUCCUAGAGAGGCUUUCUACAGUGGAAAUUGUCACUAGUGCGUGCCUUGUCUGCCCUCUAUGGUGGAACAUUUGCAAGGAUCCUCUCAUGUGGCACACCAUUAACAUGACCAAUGUUAGAUGUUUAUUCUACAAAAAUCAUUUUGAGAAUCCGACAACUUUUAGUCUUUUGUACAACAACCAUCCAGAGGAUCUGAAGGUUUGUCGUUAUGCUGUUGAACGAAGCUGCGGUCAUCUGAUAGACAUUAAUAUUGAGUACUUUGCCAAUGAUGAUCUCCUGGAAUACAUAUCUGAAAAGUAA